AGUAAACAUUCGAUAAUGAAAGUGUUUGUAUUCCUGAGUCUAGCUGUGAUCGCAGCCAACGCUUGGCCCACGAGCGAGAAGAAACCGCUGAAGGUAAUGGAUAUGCCUAAGCAGAGCAUUGAGGGACGCAUUACCAAUGGCUAUCCGGCGUACGAGGGCAAGGUGCCCUACAUUGUAGGCCUGAGUUUCGAUGGCGGUUGGUGGUGCGGUGGUUCCAUCAUUGGCAACAAUUGGGUCAUCACCGCUGCCCACUGCAUUAAUGAUGGUUCGGGUGUAACCAUUUAUUAUGGCGCCAGUUUCCGGCACGAGGCACAGUUCACCCAUUGGGUGGGUGGCAAUGAUCAGAUCCGUCAUCCCCACGUAAACGAUCAGUUGAACAAUGAUAUUGCUCUGAUCCGCACACCGCACGUCGACUUCUGGCACUUGGUUAACAAGGUGGAGUUGCCCAGCUUCAAUGAUCGCUACAACAGCUACAAUGGCUGGUGGGCUGUCGCCUCUGGCUGGGGCCACACUUCCGACAAUAGUGGCAUGCACAACUAUCUAAACUGUGUCGAUGUACAGAUCAUUAGCAAUGACGACUGUCGCAACAUAUAUGGCGGUGGCUAUAUCACCGACAACACUAUCUGCAUUAACACAUCCGGCGGCAAGUCCACCUGCAACGGUGACUCCGGUGGCCCACUGGUAACACACGAUGGCAGCCGACUCGUCGGCAUCACAUCCUUUGGCCACUGGGCUGGCUGCACUGUUGGAGAGCCGGCGGGCUUUACCCGAGUCUCUGGCUACCUGGACUGGAUUCGGGACAACACUGGCAUCUCCUACUAAGCGAUGAAUUACUCUAAAUAAAUAUAUAUAUUAAAGCAAGCAA